UCUCGCGAUACGAGAGUUAGUCCCCGGACGGAGAGUGGAGCAGAAAGUGAAGCUAAAGCUAAAAGUGAGGGAAUAAAGUGUAGAGCAGGAUGUCGGGCCGCUCGGUGCGGGCAGAGACGCGGAGCCGCGCUAAAGAUGACAUUAAGAAGGUGAUGGCGGCUAUAGAGAGGGUGCGGAGAUGGGAGAAGAAGUGGGUAACCGUCGGAGACACAUCUCUGAGAAUAUUUAAAUGGGUUCCUGUGGUGGACACAAAAGAGAAGGAGAAGCCCAAAGUGCCAUCUGGUGCAGAGAUCCAGCUGAACAACUUCCCUUCAGAGGAAACAUCUGAGAAUUCCUGCCCAGCACUGCUGGACUACAAUGAUGAAAACAGCAACCAGAGCUCUCUGUCAGAUUCAUUUCAAGUGAAACCGGCAGUGGCGGUAGACAGCAGCAGCAACUCGAGUCCGCAGCCAAGUGAGCCGGUCAGCCCUGCUGUCCACACUCAGGAUUACCGCAUAGAUGACUCCCAGCCACCCACGCUGGGUCAGGAGUGCAUGGAGGAACCUUCGCUGCAGCUGCGUGAAAUGGCAGAUGAACCACCGACGCUGAUUAAAGAAGAUAUUUUACCCCUAGUUCCUCAGGAGGAGGAGGAUGAGGAAGAGGAAGAAGAAGAGGAAAGCUCUGGAGCGCCACCAUUAAAAAGAGUCUGUACUGAACAUACUUCAGUAAUCCAGUCUACUCUGAUGAGUUAACACACACAUAAACUCACACACAGACACACACACACACAUACACACAGCGUGCACUAGGCCAUUGAUAAUCACCUGGGCAAAAUACUGUCCAGUCUAGAACUGCUCCAAAUGUCUCUGUAUGAACCAUUUAGCAGCGCAGUCGUACUGUAUAUGUUCAUAUCCUGAUCGUUCUGUUUGGGCUCAUUCAUUUGAAGGCUGGACUGGGAGGCAGUUUAUCCUUUAAGACACAUUCCUGUACAGAGAGGAGAGAUGAAUGUGACACUGAGUGUUUAGAUUAAUUUUAAAGACCAGUAAUACUGUGCUCUAACAAGGGUUAUUAUCCUUUAAUACUGUAAUUCAAAUUUCUCAAGUUCUCUGUUUAGUCGAGAUACAUUCAACAAUGCUAUUUUGGUAAAUCCUCGUAAAAGUGUAAAACUGCACUAUUAUAAUUCAUAUUGCACAGUGAAGUUGCACAGACUUUUCAGAACACUGGUAAAAAGAAAUCCCAUUCAACCAUAAUGAAAAGUGUAGCUCCACCUCAGAGGGUAAUAUAACAACCAAUCUUCAAUAGCAGAUUCUCUUUGGGAACUGUUUAUUUGACACCUCACCACUGUUUAAAAGAAAUUUAUAUUAAAGAUCCAAUAUCUUUUCAAAACUUCGGUAACCGUGUCUCAGGCAUCAGGCAGUGUAUUGAUUAUGAAACUAUAUAAAGUUUUUGUGAGGGAGCUUUUAGAGGUUUAGAUGUCUGAUUCUAUUCCCCACUACCAUUAUCAUUUGGUAUGUUUCUUUAUAACUGUAGUUGUGACCUACAGUCUUGCAUUAGGUCAUAUCCAUUUAUCAAUAUACUUUAACCAAUAUUUUAUUAUGGGCGGAGCCUGACCAAUAUAAAUAGUUCUACUGGAGACUGUAAAACUCCCCUGUUAUGCUUGAAAAGCUAAUCUGAGUCUCCUUUCUCGGGGUUUACAGUAUGUGCUGACCUGUGUGCACCAGUCUGUUACACAGAAUGUGACGACAGGAGAAGUUUGUCUCUUUAAUCCAGUCAUGUACAUACCUGUAGAUUAUACAUCUAAAGGCCUUAAUACAGAAUUUUAACUUAUGUUUGGAAGGAUGUGAAUAAUAUUUCAGUAAUUUAUGGAGUCGGACGUCUCCUCAGGUCUUAAAUGCCUCCUCCUGUAAAAGAGGUUUGAUUUUUUUUCCUUCUCUUCAUCAUUUUAACUGAAUCUGACCCAUCCUGACAUGUUUGAAUUUAAUAUCAACAUUUAUUUUGCUUUGCACCCAAAGAGGCUCAUGUUUCUUUAUAUCAGAUUAGGAUGUCAAAUCAAAGAUGUGACGAAUUCUUCACUGACAUGGAAGGUAUUUAGCUUGUUUUUAUUUGUGACAUUUUUGUUUGACAUGUAUAACUCCACACUGGUUCAGUGGGCACAUGGAUGUUGUGAUUAUAUUAUUAUUUAAAAUGUCAAUAAAGAUUUUAGAAUGA